CGCGACCUCUUUGAUCUCGGGCCUCUCGGAUCUGGGGGUCUAGGUUAGUGACCACGGUUAGUGACUGACGCACGCAUUGACAGCUGAGCGCCGCAUACGCUUUACGCAACUCGCACAUAUGGCACUGUGCCCUCCCGCCCCCCGGCCGCUGCCCACCUGGGUUAGGGGCGAGCUGAUCGUCCAACACCUCCCUGCCGGUGUCAAAGGGCUUAUACUGAGGCCGCGAGACCGGACAACUAGCGAUACGCUGUGGGGGCGUACGGCUACGGGCUCUUGUGCUAUCCUGGACUGGCCAUUUGCGCUUCAGCUGUCCGUCUCCAGCAACAUACAGGCGCGGCUGGGCGAUGCGCAUGCUAACGACGUGGUGGAGCGCUGCGCCGAGUUGGCGGCCGAUGCGCUGCGGCGCGGCAUCUGUGUGGUGGUGGGGCUGUGGGAGGCCAACCUGGCGGCGGCGGCGCGCGAGGUGCUGGCCACGGGGCUUGGCGAGGCUGGCGAGGGCGGCGCGGACGACGGAGAGGACUUCUUGUCAGCGCCCAAGAUGAUCAUGCACAACUUCAUCAUCCAGUGACUGUUCCACUUCAUGGUGCCGAUGGGCGGCCUCAUGGACAAGCGCAGCAUGCAGAAGCUGCAGGCGAGAUCCACCUCGUGACCUAGGAGUGGCAACGUCUGCUUGUCUGCAAGGAGGAGGCAAUCUCAAGCAAGCAGGAGAAGCUGGUGAGCAGCAGGCGCCAGAACACCGCCAUAUAUUUGUUCACCGGGAGGGCUUAUGGAUCGGAGGCAUUCAAACGUUGGAACUAGUGGGUCAUACGGUGUUGUCCGGUUGCUCUGCUGAAAGCCUCACACACGUCUACCUUGCAUGCAGUCUGGCUGCAAGGGGCAGGCUGAGGCGGAGUGAUUGCGUGUGCGAUUUGUUAGAAUACUCUUAGCG